AUGUCCACCGCGUGGGUCGUCUUGUUCCUUGCAGCGGCACUUGCAGCGGCUUGCGGCGCCGAGGCGGCGCUCGUUGAGCACACGUUCGUAGUGAGCCAGAUUGAGAUGCAUCACAUGUGCAACGACUCACUUGUCACUCUGGUGAACGGGCAGUUCCCCGGCCCGACGAUUGAGGUCACGGAAGGGGACUCCGUGGUUGUUCAUGUCAUCAACAAGUCGCCCCUUGGAGUAACAAUUCAUUGGCAUGGAGUGAAGCAACAUAAUAAUUGUUGGGCUGAUGGACCAGCGAUGAUAACGCAAUGCCCAAUCCAGCCGAACAAGAAUUUCACAUAUCGGUUCAACGUCAUUGGCCAAGAGGGAACAUUGUGGUGGCAUGCUCACGUUGGCUUCCUUCGUGCAACUAUUCAUGGCGCCUUAAUCAUCCGACCAAGAUUGGGCCCCAAUUCAUACCCAUUUCCCAAACCAGACUGGGAGGUCCCCAUUGUUAUAGGUGAAUGGUUUGACAUGGACCUUUUUGAGCUAUAUGAAAAAACCGAGAAUAGAAUAUAUGGUGAUAUUCCUCUUUCACCUACAAUCAAUGGACUGCUCGGAGACUUCAAUAACUGUUCUGGGGUCACCGAAGACAGCUACAAGCUGGAUGUUGUGCAAGGAAAGACAUAUCUCUUACGGAUAGUAAAUGCUGCAAUUGACAAAGCGUACAACUUGAAGAUAGCUGGGCAUAAGUUUACUGUGGUCGCCGCUGAUGCCAACUAUGUGAAACCAUACCCCCGCAAAAAAAAAAAAAACUAUGUGAAACCAUACACCACAGAUAUCAUCGCGAUCGCAUCAGGUGAGACGUUCGAUGCAUUGGUCAUUGCCGACGCUCCUCCUGGUAGGUACUACAUGGUCGCCCAAGCCGUUCAAACAACUGAGCCUAUCACCCAGAAGCGGGUGUUGAUGUCGAGAGGUAUUGUAUCCUACAAUCCAAUGAAAUGGUCGGGUGAUGAUACUCUGGCGAUAAUGGCCCCAGAAUUGCCUGAUUGGCACGAUGAAAGGCCAUCCUUCUACUUCCAUGGCAACUUGACCAGCCUACUGCCUCAGACGGUUCCGUCAAACAUCGAUGAGCAUAUGUUCAUGGCCCUUAGGUCGGGAGACAACUGCUUGUAUGCUGGAUCACCCCACUGUAAGGUGACCAUGAUUAACAACAUCUCAUUUCAGCAUCCCUCGGCGAUGCCAUUGCUCCAAGCACACUACAACAACAACAUGAGGAACAUAAGUUCCCUCAUAGAGUUUCCAAGAGCGCCACCGAUGGUAAACUUCACUCAAACUCCAACAUUGACGGCGACGAUGGUGAAGAAUCUGCGCUACAACAGCACCGUGGAGAUCGUGUUGCAGGGCCCGCCGGGGGAAAUGAGCUACUCUAACCCAAUGCACCUUCAUGGGCACGAUUUCUUCAUUCUCGCACAGGGGAUUGGAUAUUAUGACGCAGAGAAGGAUGUGCCGAAAUACAACUUGGUGAAUCCGUCGGUGAAGAACACCGCUCAUGUUCCCAUGUAUGGGUGGACAGUGAUUCGAUUUGUCGCAAGUAAUCCUGGGGUGUGGUUCUUUCACUGUCAUACCGAACAUCACUCGUCAUCGGGCAUGGCAAUGGCGUUCGUGGUGGAGGACGGGCCGACGGUUGAAACGACUCUUUCCCCGCCUCCAACAGAUUAUCCAAGUUGUGAUGGCCACAAUAGUAUAGUGGAAUAUGUAUAA